GCGAAAGCUCCCCUCAAACCGUCAUGGCGACCGUCCGCGUAGCGCGCCUCGCGUAACUUUCGAGACACCGUGCCCCUUGUGAAAUAAAUGUGCUGUGUCAAUAAUGUUGCGGUGCUAGUGCGAUAGGGGGUCAGGUUUCAGUGCGCCAGUGUGUCGUCCUUGUGUUGCAUGAGUGAUCCUAAUGGCGUGGUGGGAGUUGCGCGGGACGGACGCCACUCACCGGCCAGCACGGAACAGCUAACAAAAUGCGAAAAGGAACCAGACUGCCUGGCGAUAGGUAGCAGACUGCGGGGCCCGAUGGGCACGCGCCCCCCGGCGGCCUUCUGGCCGCAGCUGUGGGCCACCGUGGUGAGGAACCUGCUGCUGAAGAAGCGCGACACCAGGAAGACCCUCGCAGAAGUUCUGGUUCCUUUGUACUCGCUCGGCGUGCUGAUAUUCCUCAAGAUGCUGGUGCCGAACCCCAACUUCCCCGAAGUGAGCAAGCCCGGCGAGCUGCUGCGCCUGCAGCACAACGCCGUCUCCAACCGCUCCGUCGCAGUCGUGGCUGACUGGGCCACUGCCAACGGGACUCUGGGCUUCCUAGAAGACAUCAACGUGAUGUUGACGGAGUCAGCCCAGCAGCCCAUCAACUGGACCCGCUACAACACCACUGAGGAGCUGAACGACGCCUACCACAGCGACGCCAAGAACUUCCCUAUCGCUGUCAUCUUCCACACCGAUCCUGGGGUUUUAGGGGAGACACUGAGGUAUACCAUCCGUACGAACCCCUCUCGCGACGGCUUCGGCGGCGGCACCCCUUCCACCAGAAUUCUAACAACGUCUCCCGCAAAAUGCCGAGAGAGGACCGGGGACCACGACUGGUCACGAGGGGGGCAGUUGAUACCGCUGUCAGAGCACAGAGAAGACCAGUGCCCUGUCCUGCAGUAUUAUUUUAGUGGGUUUCUUGCUCUUCAAACUUUGAUUGAUUACGUUAAGAUCAAGAUGGACACUGGCACCAGCUUUUACCCACCACGCGUAGAUUUCCGUCAGUUUCCGAAACACCAGCACACUGGUGACUGGCUGGUCAUCUUCAGAGUCAUCAUGCCCAUGUACAUGGUGAUGACGCUGUCUCAGUUCAUCACCUACCUCUUGAUGUUCGUGGUGGGGGAGAAGGAGAAGAAGAUACGAGAAGGAAUGAGGAUAAUGGGGUUGAAGGAUAGUGUUUAUUGGGGUUCUUGGUUUUUAAUAUAUGCAGUAUUUGUAACGAUUUUGUCGCUCGUCAGUACAGUUCUACUGUUUACUUUAAAGGUUUUCCAACACUCUUCUUACAUUCUAAUUUUUCUACUGAUGUUACUGUUUGGAUUUACUAUCAUCACAUUUGCGUUUAUGCUUACGCCGUUCUUCGACAAGGCCAGGACGGCAGGUAUUCUAGGCAGUUUUGCAGUAAAUCUAAUGAGUGGUCUGUACUUCAUCCAAGUGUUCGUCUCUAACGCGGACUCGCUCGCCUUCUGGUUCGUUUCACUGAUAAGUUCCAGCUGCUACGCUUUGGCCAUGGAUAAGGCUUUAGUACUGGACAUGGCCGGAGUGGGGGUGACGUGGGAGAACCUGUGGAGCGGGCCAGGGGUGCCGUUUGGUGGAAGCCUCAUCAUGAUGGCGGUGGACACGGUGUUGUACGGCCUAGCUGCGUACUGGCUCGAUGCUGUCAUACCUAGUGAAUACGGCAUCAAGCAGAAGCCGUGGUUUUGCCUGUUGCCGUCGUUCUGGAUGGGCAGCCGACGAGGCCGCGUCUCCGCCAUCCAUCUGCAUUCCAAUGGCGACACCGCACACAACAAGGACAUCGAACCGGUGCCCAAAGAACUGCAAGACAAAGAAGCUAUCAGAAUUGUGGGGCUACAAAAGAGUUUCCGUCAUUGUAGACGUCCGGAAGUUAAGGCUAUUGACGGCAUUGACCUGAGUAUCUACGAGGGGCAGAUCACAGCUGUGCUGGGUCACAAUGGAGCCGGGAAGUCCACUCUUUUCAACAUCCUCACUGGUCUUACUGCGCCUACUAAUGGAACUGCUUAUGUUUAUGGAUUGGAUGUUAGAGAUCCAAACGACAUGCAUGAGAUACGUCAAAUGAUCGGCGUGUGUCCACAGCAAGACGUUCUCUUCGACCUGCUGUCGGUCAAGGAGCACCUUCAGUUCUUUGCUGCUGUUAAAGGUAUACCACGAAAGAGGAUAUCUGAUGAGGUUCACAAAGCGGUAGCAGAAGUAGGAUUGUUGGACCAGAUGAUGGUGUUUUCAAAGCACCUGUCUGGAGGGCAGAAGAGAAAACUUAGUAUAGCAAUAGCCUUUAUAGGAGACCCUAAGAUAAUAAUAUUAGACGAACCAACGGCAGGCGUAGACCCAGUAUCACGGAGACAAACAUGGCGUAUCCUGCAGCGAGCUCGUCGAGGAAGGGUUCUGUUACUGACCACACAUUUCAUGGACGAAGCAGAUAUUCUUGGAGACAGGAAAGCUGUUAUCAGCAAGGGAAGAGUUCGAUGUGCUGGGACUUCAUUGUUUUUGAAGAAUAAAUUUGGAAUAGGAUAUCAUUUAACAUUAGUUUUAGAUGGUGCUUGCCGCGAGCACCAGAUCACGCGGCUGGUGCGCGGCCACGUGCCGCGCGCGGAGAAGGCGCGCCGCCACGGGCGCGAGCUGUCGUACAUCCUGCCGCACUACGCCGUGCAUCUGUUCCCGCCACUGUUCCAGGCCAUCGAGCAGGAGAUACGGGAGAAGAGCAACCGGCUCGGCAUCACGAGUUAUGGAGUGUCAAUGACGACGCUAGAAGAAGUAUUCUUAAGUUUAGAAGGGGAAAACGCAGAAGAGACCGAGGCUGUAGAAGGUGUGUCUUCUGUAAAAUUAGUGCGAGCGAGGGCUUUGUCUAGAAGUCUAUCACUUCAGAGCAAGACUUUAAGUUAUCAGGAACUGAAUGACAAAGAUCAACAGAAGACAACGUCCCUCCCGACGCCCCCCGCGUCGCACGCGCUCCACUCCACCACUCACGGCGUGGAACAUGUUAAGGUAAAUAAGGUGACACCCGAAGCUCCGGUAUCAGUGGACGCUUUAGGUGAAAUAGUGAAAACGAGCCCGUCGUGUUGGCGGACGUUUUGCGCGCUGGUGUACAUACGCACCGUGCGCAUGAUACGAGACCCCUACAAGCUUUAUGUUAUGAUCUUCAUGCCGAUAAUUUCCUGCGCUCUAGGUCUCUAUAUGAAAUCGAGACAAAUUGUGUUUUUUCGGAUGCAGCCACUCAAAUUGGACCCCAAUGCCUACUUCAAUAGAACCCCAAUCGCUUUGUAUGGUGAACAGGCCAAUUUAAAAGAAAUAGAGGACCUUCAAGACUCAUUAGAAACUUUAGGAGCGUAUCCGAUAGACUUCUUUGAUGGAAACUUUUCUAGCCUUUUGCACAUGGAGAAUUUUGGCGCAUUUAGCCUAAAAGAGAGUCUCGUUCCUUUUGGGAAAAUAAUGGCCUAUUACAAUAGUACUUACACACAUAGUCUGCCUAUUAUAGUAAACUUAUUGGACAAUAGUAUUUACAGGGUACUUAUGUCAGCAUCAGAUCAAUUAGAUAACUUUAGACCAAUAGAGGUGCUGGCGCAUCCUUUCCAACAAACUGAGCAGCAAGAAGAAUUUAAUCUUGGCAAUGUUGUAUGCGCCAUAUUUAUGGGGAUGAUCUUCGCUUUGGUUCCAGUGACACUUGCUGUGGAUAUUGUUUAUGAUAGAGAAAUAAAAGCCAAAAACCAGUUGAGAGUAAACGGGCUAUCAAUGAGCAUGUAUUUCCUAACAUACUUCACUAUUCUUAUAUUCAUAAUGAUCAUCACCAGCGUUGGAGUUCUUUGUCUUGUAAUCCUUAACGAUAUUCCUAGUUUGACAAACGGUUCAGCUAUAACUAUGUUGUCUGGUCUUCUAAUACUGUACAGUCCAUCAGCAAUUCUGUUCAAUACAUGUCUGUCUUAUAUCUUUGACAAAAUGGACUCAGCUCAGAGCAUCAUGCCCAAUAUCACCACUUGGGUUGGCGUCAUACCAUUUAUUUUAGUCGCUGUAUUAGAUACGUUUAAAUGGGGUAGCAAUAUUGCAUUUUAUCUACAUUUAGUAUUCAGUUUUCUGGACGUUAUGUAUAUACCUUAUGCAAUUAUAUACUAUGUUGAUAGGGUGUACUUGACGUGCAACCUGCGCGGGCUGUGCACAGUGCCCGACCUGUCGAGCUACUUCACGGCGGAGGUGUGGGUGCUGAUCGCCGCCAUGCUGGUGCACGUGCCCAUCUGCGGCGCAGUGCUGCUGGCAGCCGACCGGCUCAAGUCUGGCGGGAGGAUAUGUCCUCACAAGAGCAGUACUCCCGAGAAGCCAGAAAUAGAGUCGGAGGUGGGGGGCGAGGUGGGGGAGGACGAGGACGUGAGGCGCGAACGACGCCGCGUGUCCUCGCUACUGCACCUGUCGCCAGAGAACUCGCAGCAGGCACCUGCGCUGCUUGUGCAUAAUCUGCGCAAGGAGUACAAGUUACGUGGCUCGCAGAAGGGUAAUGCCUGCUGCGGUGGCGGUGAGCCUCUGAAGCGGGCGGCCUUGGCGCGCCUGUCGCUGGCGGUGCACGGCGGAGAGGUGUUCGGCCUGCUGGGGCACAACGGCGCUGGGAAGACAACCACUAUGAAGAUCAUCACUGCGGAGGAGCGGCUUUCUUGCGGCACUGUGAUGCUCGACGGGCAGAACAUCGACGACACCCAGUCGGGCCCGUUUCAGAUGCUCGGCUACUGUCCGCAACACGACGCGCUGUGGAAGAACGUCACCAUCCGCGAGCACAUCGAAUGCUAUGCUGCCAUCCGUGGUAUCAGCAAGGCUGACACGCCGAGGAUAGUAGACGCGUAUUUGCACGGGCUGCAGAUAAUGGAGCACGCGGGUAAAAACGCUGAAGAAUGCUCAGGAGGGACGCGCCGCAAGCUGUCCUUCGCGUUGGCGAUGGUGGGCAGUCCGCGCGUGGUGCUGCUGGACGAGCCCUCCACCGGCAUGGACCCGAGGAGCAAGCGCUUCCUCUGGGACACUAUCCUGGCCAGUUUCCAGGGUAGAAAAGGUGCUAUUUUGACGACACAUUCCAUGGAAGAGGCUGAUGCAUUAUGUUCUAGGGUUGGAAUUAUGGUUAAGGGAGGUUUAAGAUGUAUUGGUUCAACGCAACAUUUGAAGAAUUUAUACGGGGCUGGAUAUACCCUCGAGAUGAAAAUUGGGCAACACAAUCAACCUAUAUUAGAAACUGAUUUGUCGUUGACUCCAUCUCCGUUGCGGUCGCCUGACAACUCGCCGUCGUUGGGGGAGGCAGAUGAAGGAUCUGGAGGGAAUUCCGCGGCUGCGGACGCGGAGUGCGAGGGGGAGGCGGACCCGGAGGGGGACACGGUGGACGUCAGCAUACACACGCCGCUGGUCGGCAACACGCCGUCGAUACGACUGCACCACCAUCGCACGGAGUCCUCGGGCGGCGCGAGCGCUGAUGCCGCCAUAGCUCUGGUGGCGCAGCUGUUCCCCGCCGCCACGCUGGAGGAGAGCUUCGCGGAGCGGCUCGUGUUCUCCGUGCCGCAGAGCUCUGUCUCCAGCCUCGCGCAAUGCUUCCACCAAAUCGAGGACGCGAAGGAGAAGCUGAACAUCGUGGAGUACAGCUUUAGUCAGACGACGCUCGAGCAGGUGUUCCUGAAGUUCGCGCAGACAGAGAACGUAGAGUCUUCAGACCAAGAGCAUUAGGGAAUCGUUAAUAGAUUAAGGUGCCAAGAGACGUUGACUUUGUCAUUUUUAAAACGCUCUUUAUUUGAGUUCAGGCGUUUUGAGUUCUGCCAAAGAGUUCAGGUGUUUUGAGUAAGAAUCCUAAGUGUUAAACGCGUGCUCUGUGGUAUCCAGUACAUUAGAGAUGCUAAAUAAUUGAAAAUUUCGUUCGCGAUUGUAAUGCCAUUUACAUUAUUUAGGUGUUGCUAUGGUUACUCCUACGUACGUCGGUAACAUCCGAAAACGUGCUAAUGCGCAUAGGUCAACUUACAGGCAGUAUACUAUACCUAUGUUAUCUGCGCGGUGCCGUAGUUACAAACAUGACAAAUAACGUGAAACGCAGAACUAAGGACGGCUAAACUCUUACUGUGUUGUAUCUUUAGAUAGGUCCUCAAUUAAAAAUUCUAUUGUGAAAUGUUUCAGUAAUAUACGUGUUUUUAAAACAUGAAAGCAUCUGACAAUCGUGGCACACUCUCGCGAUGCAGAUACCUAUUUAAUUUCAUUACAAAAUCUCAAUUCAUUAUUUCCUUUUUAUUUGAUUGAUUAUAUAAUUAGGUAUUUCAUUUCGUUGUUAAUUAAUGCUUUUGACUUCUUAAUUAUGUUUGAAAAUUUUGUGUAAAAUUGCAAAUCCAUAUUUAUACUUUGCAAAUGCACACAAAAGUUUCUUUGCAUAAUUUUGCAAAGUAAAGUUAUAUGCUAAAAUAGUAAAAAAAUAUGCUAUUCUAUUUUUUAUUUCUGACAAAUCCGGUAGCAACGCAAAGAUCUGUCAAAAAAGUAUUGAGAGCAUUAUAUUGUAAAUUUUGACAAAUUGUGAGGUUUUUGCGGAAAAUAGCAGAAUAAACGUUUCACACGUCAUCAUAAACUUAAAUAAAGUACUGUUUCUCACAAAGUUAAUAAAAAAUCAUAGAGUUAACGUCGCUUGUGUUAGAAAUUUUGUGCUUUUUGAAAAAAAAUGUAAAAUAAUGAAUACGCUUCUGGUAUAUUCUGUAGUUUAUUUCUUCAGGUUUCCUUGGGCUUUUUUGUAUGAAGUUUCCAGUCGAAGAGAGAAAAGAAUAAUUAGGUGUUGUAGUAUAUAAUAAUUAUUAAGAUAAAUUCAUGUUGUUAAAAGCCACGUCACUUUACUUGUUUGUGAUGUUUGGAUGUUGCUGUUUGUUAAAUUUAGCUUGGAAUGUUUAAUUUCAAUUGUUUUGAUGUGUGCGAGGGGCAUUGAGUGACGUGGGCUGUUAAUAAUGUGUCUAUAUCUUUUGUGUCACUUUCAUCGUAUUGAGGGGAACAACCCAGUGCUGUGAAGCCCGUAAAAAUAUCAAAGUCUCUAUAUACAGGUUGUUUACAUUUUAAUAUCGAUUCAAAUACACGUUUCUUGGACAAUUUAUUUGAAUGACUUAGCACUAGCAGGCAGGCCUAGAUUAUUACAUAUAUGUACAUAUUAUUAGACAAUGUUGCGUUCUUUAUAUGAAGACUGAAUUUUGUGUGUAUCACAAAUGUUUAGUGAAAUAUUCAAGUUACCUUUUUUAAUAUUAUAUUCUUUUUAACUUUGAAAAGCGGUAAAAAAUGUAGCGACAAUAUUAAAAAGUUAAACAGCCUUUUUAUAGAAACACUAUUGGCGUUAUGAUGAAAGUAGGUAUAUGGAUACUAGGUCGUGUUGAUACUUUGUAAAUUUUUUUAUAAUUUGAUAUUUUAGUAGCAACUUUUAUAUACCGAGUAGAAUCAGAUAGCACUAUGUUUGUAAUGAUGUUGGCUGCGUUUAUUAUGUACUUUACAAAACUCUGCUUAAUUACAUAAAUCUAAAAAAACCGUGUAGGAAUUAACAUAACAACUUUUAGUCAAUUAAAUAUUAUUUAUUAAUUACUAAAAGAUUUCUGUACUAUAAUCAAAAGAGUCUUCUCAGCGUUUAGUGGUUGUUGGCGUAUAAAUAAUAUGGUCCAUAUUCAAUCUAUUAUUAUAUCUUUAAAAUUCGUUACUAUGAUAUCUAUAACGAUAAGAAGAAAAAAUAUAACGUUGAUGAAAAUAUUCAAAAAACAAAAUCACAACCAAUCAUCAAAAAAGUAAUUUUAUGAAUUGCUGAACAACUCAUAAAGUUAUUUUUUUAUUACACUCAUGGAUAGUGAUUUUUCAAGUGUUCAAGAGCAGCCAUAUAUAACAAACAUAGUGCUCAUGUAAAUAAUAAUAUUAAAAUGUAAUCAAUUAUACACAUACGGUCACGUGCAGUGCCUAAACUAUACUGUGACCAAUUAACUUACCAUCGGGAAAGUUCGUCAAUAAUAAUAAUAUCAUUGAGUUCUAACGCUGAAUAAAAAACACUGUAAUAUCGCCACUUUUAAAAAGUUAAUAAUUGACUAAUUUCAUAAUUUAAACUUCUUAUUUUAUGAUUACCUAAUAAUGUGUUAGAUACUAGGAUGCUAGAUCAUAUCUUAAGGGACGAAUAGGUACAAAAUAUAAUAGAAGAAAAUCAAUGUGAAAUUGUGGAAUUAUAGAGCUUUGGUAUCGGAAAGAGAUAAUAUUGUUGAUGGAUAUUAACGGGAAGGAAAAUGCAAUAGUAUUAAAGUGGAAAAGCAUUAUAGGAGCGGAGAUGGCAAAUGAUAUGUUUGACAAAUUAAAAGGGCGGAAUAUAGCAAAUUGUUACGUCGCAAAUGUCCGUAGGUAAAAAGGUAAAUGUUAAUUUUGAUGUCAUUCAUUUGGUAACUUUUUAUUUAUCUUCUGACCGUGAAAAAUUUAUACAUUCGUAUUUGCAAUACUCCGCAUGGGUAUUAGUUUAUAAUUUAACUUAUAGUUUGACUUUUAAAUGUGGUGAUAGAGUUAUAUCGUCAAUAUUUUCUGUAAGCUCUCAUUUUCAUUUUGAGUUAAGAUUAAAUUUAUUUUUAAGUUAAAGAAAAUUUUUGUCGAUUAAUAACGGAGUGUCUAAACGAUGUUUGUGAAUAUUUUUCAAAAUUUAAAUUUCAGUCAGACUUAAAAUUCAAAAAUAUCUUAAAUUUAAAAGUACUUGUAAUUAUGUGUACCUACUUGCGUUUGGAUUUAUGUAGGUUUUUCGAUAUAUAAAGCACCGGUUGCAAGAAUAAAUAAUUAUUUAACGAUAAAAUUUCUAUUAUAAAAUUUCAAAAUAAAGUUGAAAACACAAUAUCUGUUGAAUAAAAAUAAAUUUGUGUCAUAGAUCAAUCAGCGAUCAGAAUUUUCUUUGAACGGGAACUCAAUAAAAAUCUUGAAAAAUAUUUCUAAACGUCGUCAAGUCAAGUAGUAGUUUUAGGGUUUAGGUAAUGAAAAAUAUACAGUAUUAGUUUGUUUAUGGUCGUAUAAUCAACUUUCAGUAUGUGAUUUUUUUUCUAGUCACCAAUUUUUGUCAUGCUCUUAUAUAACAUUCAGUAGUUGAUUUUAAUUUAAUAAAAAAUACAUUUUGUACCUUUAUUUUUAAAAUAUUUUAUAUUUAUUUGUAAUGCGUUUAGGUACUCAAUCAGUGAUUGAAUCAAUUUAUUUUUAUAAAAUAAAAUAUUUUUUAUCAUAUUGUUUGUAUAUUAUAAUAUUUUUUAUCAUAGUGUGUAAGAUGUGCAUACUUUAUUCUGGUGCUACGUCUUUGUAACUAAAUUGCCCGAUGUUAUAUUAAUGAUAUCCCUUUUUGUAAUAAUCCUUGGAAAGGGUAGCACUAUUAUGACGAAAUAAUUAGAUAAUAUCAUAUGUUUACUUAAAUAUGCAGGCUUUCCAGGCACUGUCACCAAUGCUGCACAUGUGGUAGGACGAAGUUAUCGAGUUUUAAAUUCGAUGCAUUACAUCUGAACAUAUUUUUAUAAUUCUUUUUUAAGCAAAUAGGUAGUUAAAAACCCUGCGCAAAAAGCGCAUCUAUUUUCUCAUGUAGUUAAUUUAAGUUAUAUGUACUGAAUGUUAUAUAUUUGCAAUAUUCCGUAAAUUUAUUUUAGAUUAUUUACAAUAUAUUUUAUAUUUAGUAUGUUUUGCUAUUUAUCAAAAAUCUGACAUAUUUGUAUUGCGACAUUGUUGAAAUGUGUCUGAAUUAGUAGAAUUGUUAUAAGAAAUAAAUAACAUAAAAUUUG